AUGGGGUUAGGAUGCCAGAGAACUCCUCGCCGUUACCUUGGGCUCUGUACCGCAAAACGAGUGUUGAAGGAGCGGCAAAGCGAGCAGAAUGAACAGCGACUGCCCCUCUCCCCACACCGGGACGUCAGAAUCCGUGUCCAUCUGGGGCAGGUCGCUGAACUGGCGACUGUCUCCGACCUCUCCAACCGCUCGGGCAAGGUUGGAGGGAGGUCCCUGUGGCUGGGGACAAUGGGGGCGGGCGGGAGGGAGCGCGGGGGCUCGCAAAGGCUGAGAGAUGACAGAGGGGGCUGUCUAGGUAAUAUCACGUUUAAUACUCCGGAUCAGACGGAAUACUCCCAUCUGAUGCCAGUGUCAGGGAUGAACUCCAGAGGGACUUUGGAUCCGACCGGGAUUUCUUUUGUUGACUCGUUGGACAACUUUCAGCGGCGCUCCAGGGAUACAUUGGAGAAGCUGGGGUUGUUCUCCUUGGAGCAAAGAAGGUUGAGAGGAGGAUUGCCAGCUCUCUGGGAGCACGCUGGAGUCUGUAGGAAUGGAAGAGUAACCUUCAACACACAGUACUGGGCAACACAGUGCAAUAAUUCGAAAACUAUGGAGAGUUUAAUUCAUAUUUAUUUCAUGAAUACUACAACUAAAACACACAGAAGCCUAUGUCAAGAUCAUGUUUUUACAAGAUGCUGCUCGACCCACUGA